AUGGCCGACAUGCAACCAACACACAAAGAUCGGACAUUUGCUGCUGCGGCUGGAAUAUCGGCAACACCUCAAACUACUCCACCUGAUACACCAACACGACAUCACAGCGAAUCUAGGAAACAUCCUGAAAAAAAAUUUUCAUUACCUCUAGCAGCAUAUACAAUUAUAUUUGUUGAAGGAUGUGAACGUUUUUGUUAUUAUGGUCUUAAAGCAGUUUUACUGCUUUAUUUGAUGCAAUUUCUUCGCUUAAGUAAAGAUUCAGCAACAGUUGGAUAUCAUUUAUUUUCGUUUGCAUGCUAUUUUACACCAACGAUCGGAGCUAUUUUAUCAGAUGGUUAUAUUGGCCGAUAUUGGACUAUUGUAAUUUUAUCAAUUAUUUAUUUGGGUGGAACACUUAUUUUAACAUUAACAGCAAUACCGGCACUUGGCGGAAAAACUUUAGCUGGACCUAUCGUUGGUUUAUUGUUGAUUUCUUUCGGAACUGGUGGAAUAAAACCGUGUGUUAGUACUUUUGGAGCUGAUCAAAUAUCAUUGAAUAAUCCAAAAGCAUUGAGUCGAUAUUUUUCGUUCUUCUACUUUGCAAUAAAUUUUGGCUCAGUUAUAUCAACAAUAAUUACACCUGUUCUUCGAAGUCAAGUUCAAUGCUUCGGUUAUGAUUGCUAUGCAUUAGCUUUUGGCAUUCCCGGAUUCUUAGUAUUUACGGCUAUUGUAAUAUUUCUAUUGGGCACUCCAUUAUACAAACGUGUUCCACCAAAAGAGAAUAUCAUUGCCAGAUUUGUUGCCGUUAUUUUUCAUGCCAUACGAAAUUCAUUAUUCGGCUCACAAUCACAUGAACGCAAAGAACAUUGGGUGUAUCACGCUGAUGACAAAUAUGGUCCGCAUGAUAUUGAAGAUGUUCGUUCCGUACUUCGUGUUUUUCUUCUACUGACGCCAAUUCCAAUAUUUUUUGCGUUAUAUGAUCAAUCCGGUUCACGUUGGACUUAUCAAGCAUCAUUAAUGGAUGGAAAUCUUGGACCUUUGGGUACAAUUGAACCGGAUCAAAUGCAAGCAUUAAAUAGCAUAUUGGUACUUAUACUCAUUCCGCUUUUUGAAGAAGUUAUUUAUCCAGCAUUUGCUCGUUAUAAAAUUUUAGAAAAACCAUUAAAACGUAUGAUUUGUGGAAUGGUUGUUAUGAUAUUUGCCUUUAUCGCAGCGGGCACUCUUCAAGCAGCAAUUGAAAUAAGAGCAGACUCACGUGUAAUUCGUACCCAUACACAAAUAUUUAAUGGUUAUAGUUGUUCAAUAAAUAUCAACGCGAAUGAAACGCUUGAACCAAGAGAAGUCAUAGAUUUUCCAUGUUCAAAAUUAUUUGAAAAUCGUAUUUUCGUUACUUCAACAUGCGAUCAAGCUAAGAAUAGUUAUAAAUUAUCUACUAAUGAACCUUGUCCAACGUUUCUGACUAUUUCACAAACUAAUGAUCAUUCAAAUGGGACACAAAUUACAAUAACACCAUUCAGCAACGCCGUUUCAUAUGAAAGGAUACCUAACGAAUAUGCAUUAUUACGUCUCGUUUCAUUGGAUGGCAAACAAACAACUUUAAUAACAAUCCCAAAUAGAUAUAAAUAUGAUAUAGAACAAAAAUUAUUUCCAACAGAAUAUCAACCUGUUCUUGGAGCAGAGUAUCAACUUCGAGAUGGAACUGAUAAAGGUCGCAUAUCAGUAGAAAAAUUUAAAAUUUCGACAACAGCUGUCUAUUCAGCACUUACCUAUACUACAAAUGAUAAUAAGUUGCAUGUUACUGUUUUCGAAGAUGCUCGAUCGCAUAAAGUUCAUAUGUUAUGGCAAACAGUUCAAUAUCUUCUACUAACUAUUGCAGAAAUACUUGUUAGUAUAACAGGUCUUGUAUUUGCCUAUUCUCAAUCACCAAAACGCUAUAAAUCAGUCAUAAUGUCAGCAUGGCUAUUUACAACGGCUAUCGGCGAUCUUAUUGUAGCUGUAGUUGCCGAAGCUCGCGCGGUUCGAAAUCAAUCUAUUGAAUUUUUCUUAUUCUCUGGUCUCAUGACAUUUGGAGCAGUCGUAUUUGCUGCACUUGUUAGCUUCUACAAGGAAUACAUACCGCCUCAUCAUGAAUCUGAAGAUCAACAAUUAAUCAUCUCUCCGAAUGCUAUUGAAACUGAAGAUGAGAUUCAAUUGUCAAAAUAA